ACAGCUCAGCGCGCGCUUCCCGCCGAACUGGUUCCGGUGUUCCGUUUCCGUCUCUUCGUCCAUUUUCCCGUAUUCGCACAUGGUGCCGCACCGGCCGAGGAACCGUCAGCCUUCUUGAUCUGUUUCGGAUUCUGCUCGUUUGUGGCAAGAGAUCCGUCUCUAAGUCGCGAUAAAUGCAAGAAACGGUGGAUAUGGUGGACGACCCAGAGUACGAGGAGGAGGAGCCCUCCUUCAGCGACCCGGAGGACUACGAGGAUGACGUCGAUGAUGAGGGUAAGAAGCAGCGGCAGGAAAGACCGCGGCUUUCCGGCCUGGUGCUAAUAGUUAGCUCGGAGCUAAACCAACGGCGCUGUACCACAGGAGCUACACUGAAGCUAGCUGGAGUUAGCAUGCCCCUUUAUAUCAAAGCAUUGGAGACUAAAAUAGACGAAAUAAAGAGACAAAUUCCUUCGUGUUGUAGCUGAACUCCGACAGAAGAGUCCCGUUAACUGUGUCAUAUCCCGCCCAUUGAAGCCUCACCCAGACCCAGACAGCCCCUGAAUUUGGCCUUUCCGAUGCCACUUGAGAAAAUGAAUACAUGUUGAUGAUUUCUGAUAAAUGUAGAUUUUUUAGCUGUAUGAAUCAGUUAUAGACGCGGAGAAAGCAGAACUGCGACGUUGCAGUUUGUGGUUUUGCAUGAAGCAGCUGGUGAUAUAGGCCAGCUUUCUCAUGUGGGUCAGGUUCAGACCAGUAUAGUCUGAUACACUAUCCCCCUAUAGGUCUGUACAUGAAAAUCUAAUAAGGCAAGGGAUUGUUCUGUGAAACUGUCACAGUGAUUCAUGAACAUAAAUUAAACUCUCACAUCCAUCUUUAAUUGGACUUAACCACUAACCCUAAACCAACAUUUCCAAAUACCAAACCUGUAAUUUAUGGAUCGACACUGAUCCGGACCAUUUGAUUGCACAAGUGUGGAAGAAGACACUGAUCCGGACCAUUUGAUUGCACAAGUGUGGAAGAAGACAGGGUGCUUCCAUCUUUGAUAAACCAUCUUCAAUGUGGACGAAGGGCAAACAUUACAGUCUGAGAGGGUGAGCUUUACCACCUCUGUAAUAAUGAAUAAUUCUGGUGUAAAAUUAAUUUAGGGUCAAACUCACCAUAACACUGAGUUAGACACCCCCUCCAGAGAUGAAUGUUGCCGACCGCUUGCUUCUCUAGUUAUACCAACUUAAAUAAUGACCGCACAAUAGCAAUACACAGCAGUCUGAAGAGCCAUAAACCAAAACGCCACUCUAUAGCCACAAAUAAUGCUCAGAACAGCACCUAACUUCAUCAACAGGACAUAUAGGGUCACAGACAUAGUACUAGACACCAAACAUCUUUUUAACUUUGACUAAUUUCUUUAGCAAAGAGACUAAACACAACUCACCCACUCUCUUCCAGCAGCCGUUUGUUUGUAGCGAGACCUCAGGCGAGUCCAUUACGGACUACAGCGGGGUGAUGCACCUCAAGGAAGAACAUUUAUGAUCAUUUCUUCUUGGAAAUACAAUCAGAACGAGACGCUGAGACAGAAGAACUACCGCGCAGUGAAAAAUGAUUAAUAUGGUGAUUAUUACUUCAAGGAAAUGAUAAAAAAAAUUAUCAUAAAUGUUCUUCCUUGAGCUGCGUCACCCUGCGGUAGUGCAUAAUCGACUGCUAUCGUGCGGUCGUUACUAAGGUUGGUAUAACUAGAGAAGCAAGCGGUCGGCAACAAUCAUCUCUGGAGGGGGUGUCUAACUCGGUGUUACGGUGUGUUUGACCCUAACUUAAAUUUAUGCCGGAAUAUCCCUUUAACUUCCCUCCUCCAGGCUUUCUGCCAUUUUGAUAUUCUUCCACAGUCCUUGUGAACGUUGAUUCUUCAAUAACGAUGUGCUAUUUCAUAUGUCACUAAGAAAUAUUACACUGAAGUGUGGGCAGUGUUCCUAAAUGUCUGUUGGAGUCACGUCAGGAUAAGAUCACAGGCUGCUCUGAAAAUCUUGUUCAAAUGCUCUGACAACAAGAUCAGCUGAAUUUGAUGGACAUUUUAGAUUUGGGAAUCUGGAGGAUCUCCUGAAAGAGAGCAUCGAACCUAGAACUUCCUGAACAGAGACGUCCUGCUCUGGUCUUUUUAACUGAACAGUUUUUUUUGUGUCUUUCCGAACAUAAUCAGUCAGAACCAGGGUCCAGAACGUACGGCCAUAUUGUGUACGUUGUCAUUUUAGGUAGAGAAACACAAUUUUGUAGCAAUGCAACAGCGGAGGAGGGUUCUGAAAUGCAUGGGGUCUUAAAGCGACAGAGGCUGAAAUUGAGAAUUGAUUUUAAAUCAUGUAGAAAACUCAAAUGUAUCUUGAGAGGAGGACAUGAUGUUUCCUCUGUGAAUGACAGUCUGCAGGUUAAAGAGGUCAGGCUCUCUGCGCAUGUUCUGACUAAAACUGCUUCCCUUCACUAUACUAACCCCACUCCACCCCUUUUCUCCUCAGAGCUGCUGGGUGACAUCUUGAGGGAAAAGCCCCAGGAGGCUGAUGGCAUUGACUCGGUGGUGGUGGUGGACAACGUCCCUCAGGUGGGCCCGGAGCGUUUGGAGAAACUCAAGAACGUCAUUCACAAGAUUUUCUCCAAAUUUGGCAAAAUCACCACUGAGUUCUACCCAGAGGUGGAGGGCGUGACUAAAGGGUAUGUGCUGGUUUUUUGACUCCGUUUGUCAUGGUGAUGUCUAAGAACCGUAAUGUGGAUUGAGUGUUGUCAACAAUUCCUCUUACAGGUACAUCUUCAUAGAGUACGCCGCCCCCACUCAGGCGCUGGAGGCGGUGAAAAAUGCAGAUGGGUACAAACUGGAUAAGCAGCACACGUUCAGGGUCAACCUCUUCACUGAUUUUGACAAGUACGAGAUCCACCUCCGGCAAAAAUGUCCAUUCAGAAAAGAGGGACGUGGAUUAAAUCUGUGUUCUUUUUUUUUUUUUUGAUCACAGGUACAUGAACAUCAGCGAUGAGUGGGUCACUCCAGAGAAGCAGCCGUUCAAAGACUUUGUGAGUGUUUUAACGAGCUCCUGACUUGAAUUACAACGAGGCUGAUGAUUGUUUUUGUUGUUAAUGACCUGAUGAAGGAUCCGCAUUCCUAACCCCGAAUUUCCACCGCAUCCGGAACGACUCUGACCCGGAUUCGUUUGUGAGGUGAAUUUUGUGGCAGAUCACGGACAGCGGGAAUUGCGACAACUCACAAGAACCUGCAGAUUCACAUACGAUAACGAGUUGUCUCUAUGAAGACAGCCACAUUAACAUAUAAGCAGUAGAUUGUGUCCUUCCAGAGGUGGAAAUAUACUUCUAGACUUCUAAAAUCAGCAUCUCCUCAUCCAUGGUGUCAUCGGGGUGAAAUGACGUCUAAAAACCUUUCACUUGUUCGUCUCCGCCCAUUUGCAUGGUGUAAAAUACGAUCCUCCUGAAACACGGAGUGUUUUAUUUUGAAAAGAAGCCGGAUGUUUUAUUUUGUAUCUGUACCCGACUUCCUUUCCAGCACGGGUUAAUCUGUGCUAAAUUUAUCCGACAUGCUCUUUAAUUCAGACAGUUUAACCCUCGCACCACUGUCACGAUUAAAGACACGAGACUGACACUGCUUCGGCGUAAUCGUCAGUGAUUUGAUCAGCUACAAUCGGAGGAUACCGACUUUUCGUAGACGUUCUAGAUGCGGUGGAAAUUGGGGGUUAAAUUGAAUAUUUCUCCUUUCAGGGUAACAUGCGCCACUGGAUCGAGGACCCCGACUGUCGUGACCAGUACAGCGUGAUCUACGAAGCUGGAGAGAGGACGGCCAUUUUCAACAACGAUGCGAAGGACCCGAUCGUAGUCGAAGAGAGAGCGGUAAGCACUAGAUCACACUCUGAAUUCAUGAAGCUGCAUCAGGUACGAGGAGCGGCUCCUUAACUCAGAGCUUCUUUGUUUCAGCGCUGGACAGAGACGUAUGUGCGCUGGUCUCCUAAAGGCACUUACCUGGCUACCUUCCAUCAAAGGGGCAUUGCAUUGUGGGGCGGCGAGAAGUUCAAGCAGAUACAGAGGUUCAGUCAUCAAGGCGUUUCCCUCAUCGACUUCUCACCGUGCGAAAGGUACGAGCAUGUCUUGUCAGUUUGAAGGAGGAGUGUUGACACUUCAGGCUCCAUGUGGUCACCUUCUUCAGACCGAGUUUGUAGAUGUCUCAGAUUCUCAUCAGAGGAAUCUGUAGAGAUAAAACCUCAACCUGAAGCUGCUUUUGUGCUUGUGAUGUCUUCCAGGUAUGUGGUGACCUUCAGUCCUCUGAUGGACACCAAAGAGGACCCUCAGGCCAUCAUUAUCUGGGACAUUCUGACCGGACAGAAGAAGAGAGGCUUCCACUGCGAGAGCUCGGCACACUGGCCCAUUUUCAAGUCAGUACUCUGAUGUUUUUGUCUCCUCCGCUCCUGGUUUUUGCUCCUGCUGUGAUCGAGCGUUUCAUAACAGAAGGGUUUGUUCUCAGGUGGAGCCACGACGGGAAGUUCUUCGCCAGGAUGACCACAGACACUCUGAGCAUCUAUGAGACUCCGGUGAGAGGACUGACCAGAUGAAGUCAGAUGACUGUGUUUAGAAUAGAAUAGAAACGUAGAUGUAGGAGAUGUAGAGUGUGCAGCUUGUCCUGAAUCCAUUUCUCCUUUUUUCAGUCGAUGGGCCUGCUGGACAAGAAGAGUUUGAAGAUUAACGGGAUCAAGUAAGAGACGUCCACGGAUCAAACUAAGAGCUGUGAGUGUGAAGCAGCUCCGUGUGACCCGGCUGAUUCAUGUGUGUUUGUCCGCAGGGACUUCUCCUGGUCUCCCGGCGACAACAUCAUUGCAUUCUGGGUACCCGAGGACAAAGACAUCCCAGCCAGAGUGACGCUGAUGCAGAUGCCUUCCCGUCAGGAGAUCCGAGUCCGUAACCUCUUCAACGUGGUCGACUGCAAACUGCACUGGCAGAGAAACGGAGACUACCUGUGUGUCAAAGUGGACCGGACUCCCAAAGGAACACAGGUGUGCACGUGUGGGAGGAGAGAGGAGACGAUCCAAUCAGAUCCAAUCCACUUUAUUUAUAUAUCACAUUUAGAGGAACAUUCAAGUUUACCAAAGUGCUGCACAGUUAAAUGAAAAGAACAGACACUGCAGAAAACAUCAAGAUGAAAUAGAUAAAAGCAGGUAAAAAAGCGUUUAAAAUGAAAUAAAAGAAAGUAAAAAAAAAGAGAGAAAUAAAAGUGAUAAAAGGACAGAGAUCACACAGCUCUCAUGCUGAGCGAAAGGCCAAGGAAUACAAAUGAGUUUUAAGACGUGAUUUAAAAGUAGAACGAGAGGGGGAUGGUUUCAUCUCGAUUCGUUCCACAAUUUUGGAGCCACGGCCGAGAAAACCUGGUCGCGACAGGUUUUUAAAAGAGUUUUAGGGACAAGGAGUUGGAGCUGAUCAGCAGACCUCAAGGGUAUAAACAUUGAAGAGGUCAAAGAUGUGCUGUGGUGCUGAUCCGUUUGAAGCUUUUAAAACAAACUAACAUUUUAAAACAAAUUCUAAGAUGAUCAGGAAGCCAAUGGAGGGACGACGGAAAAGGAGUGAUGUGGUCAUGUUUUCGUUUACCUGUUAAAAGACGAAGAUUUUGGACUAACUGUAAGUGUGUGAGAGAAACCUGAUGAACACCGACGUAAAAGAGCGUUACAGUCGUCCAACCAAAGUGUGAAUGACUCGCUCAAAAUCAUGAAAAGAUCAAACCGAUUUAAUCCUGGAUAAAAGCCUCAGAUGAUAAAAAAAGUGAAUUUAACAACAGAGGUGAUUUGUUGAUCCAAUAUGGGUUUAAAAUGAGGCAGAAGAGACUCAGCAGAGACCUCUCAUCAUGUCAAACUCAAACGUUAAACUCAACCUCUCUUCAUUUCUCAGGGUGUGGUCACCAACUUUGAAAUCUUCCGUAUGAGAGAGAAGCAGGUUCCUGUGGACGUGGUGGAGAUGAAAGGUCUGAAACACACUCAGCAGUAACCUUCAUCUGUCAACCUUCACGUCUGAAACUUCCUCAUCAAAUCUCGGUUUUCUUCUCAGAGAGCAUCAUCGCCUUUGCGUGGGAACCCAACGGCAGCAAGUUUGCGGUCCUCCACGGAGAGGCUCCCAGGAUAAGCGUCUCUUUCUAUCACGUCAAAAACAACGGAAAGAUCGAGCUCAUAAGUGAGUUCUGUCCAAAGUUCUCUCAUGUCCUGACUCAAACGUUGGUCCUCUCCAGCUCCCCUGAACGCCUCUUUUGUUCUCCUUCUGCAGAGAUGUUUGAUAAGCAGCAGGCCAACAGCAUCUUCUGGAGCCCGCAGGGACAGUUCCUGGUGUUGGCCGGACUCAGGAGGUCAGUAUGAGCCGUGUGUGAAGGACCCACAGAGCCGCUGAUGACAAACUAAAACACUUUUCUGACACCUCGUAUGAGAGCUGUGAAGCUCCUGAUUCUAACGCUGGUCUGAGGCUCCCCCCUUUGAGGACCUGUUAGACCACAUUAGACCGUGACUUUGGUUCAUGAUGGUAACCUCUGAGUCUUCUGUGUGAACAGCAUGAACGGAGCGCUCGCCUUCGUGGACACGUCAGACUGCACCAUGAUGAACAUAGCAGAGCACUACAUGGCCUCUGACGUGGAGUGGGACCCCACCGGCCGCUACGUGGUCACCUCAGUCUCCUGGUGGAGUCACAAGGUCUCAGUUUCUCCAAGAUCCCAAAAAUAUGGUUCCUCCUUUUCUGCAGAAAUUUAUAUUUCAGGAUUUGAUGAAAGUUCCUGAAGUUUUUCUCUCGUUUGUUCUCAGGUGGACAACGCGUACUGGCUGUGGACCUUCCAGGGCCGUCUCCUUCAGAAGAACAACAAAGACCGCUUCUGUCAGCUUCUCUGGAGACCCAGACCUCCAACCCUGCUCAGCGUAGACCAGAUCAAGGUGCUGAUCCUGUAUAUAGUCGAGGCUUUACUCCACAGGUUGGCUUGUUUGAACUUGUCGUUGAUGUAAAGGUAAAUUUCUCAGUCUGAGAACGAGAAGAACAGCUCCUGCUCCGUCCUGUUCAGAGUCUUAAAGAGAGAGAGAAACUUCUGCUCGGUAUCUGAUGGCCUUCUCACGCUCUGGGACACUCCUGUUGGACUAAGUCGUGUUGUUUUAAUUUUAAUUUUAGUUUUAGUCUUUGUGUCAAACUCUCAUUUUAGUUUUUAUUAGUUUUAGUACAAACUAAUUUUUGUUUAGUCAAGUUUUAGUCGACUAAAACUCUGAACAUUUUAGUCGAGUUUUAGUCAGAAUAACCCAUGACUAUAUGAGUCUAGAUUUAGUCAAUGACUUUAAUCUCUUUUUAGUUAAUUAAUUCUGUUUAACCCCGUUAAUAUAGUGUAAUUACCUGGAAUAGUAUAGAUCCUCGAGUUCAGCAUGGAAGACCUUUAGGUGUCUUUUUAGAUUCGUGGCGAUUUUCCCGCAUAUUUUACGGCCGCAUUUCUCCCCAUCCUUUUCCACGGCCAUGACUCCAACUCACCCAAAAACGUCUUUUCCCACCACAUCUAAAAAUACUGCGAGUUAGGGGAUCGAGGAUGUGACGUCACACAGCCAAGGAAACGGAAAACAAAAACAAAAGCAACACGACUAAACAAUUUCGUCUCGUUUUAGUCAAUGAGAAUGAAGAGACGUUUUAGCAGAUUUUCUUUUUGUGAUCCACAUUUAGUCAAAUUUUUAUUUGUCAACAAUAUUGCGUUAUAUAUUCAGUUAUUGUUAUCAUCACAAGACCAUCAUUUACGUUGCGUCUCAUCUCGUUUUCAUCACGUGAGAAAGGUUUGUUGACGACGAUAUUUUGUCACUAAUGACUGAUCUUGUGGUCGAUGGUUUUUGGAUCUGUGUGUUUGUGUGUGUGUGUGUGUGUGUGUGUGUGUGUGUGUGUGUGUGUGUGUGUGUGUGUGUGUGUGUGUGUGUGUGUGUGUGUGUGUGUGUGUGUGUGUUUGUGUGUGAAGCCCAUGAUGACAAAAACUCAAACUUUUCUGACACCUCGUAUGAGAGCUGCUGCGCGGCUCCUGAUUCCAGAUCUGCUCUGAGGCUCACAGCUGCCACAGUUUUAGUGUUUUUUUCCCACAGGUGUCGUGGUCUCCUCUCUAACACUCUGUCGUGUCUUCCAGAUGAUCAAAAAGGAUCUGAAGAAGUAUUCAAAGAUCUUUGAGCAGAAGGAUCGUCUGAGCCAGUCCAAGGCUUCGAAGGUUCGUCCUUUUUCACGUCUCUGUUCAGCUCAGCUCUCCGUAGUUCCAUCUAAAGAUGAACGUGGUGUCUUCUGCGUGUCUGAUUACUUUUCCUCUUUCGAGUAGGAGCUGGUGGACAAACGCAGGUCCAUGAUGGAGGAUUACCGUCGCUACAGGGAGACGGCACAGCAGAACUAUCUGGAGCAGAAGAACCUCCGCCUGGAGCUCAGAGGAGGUGGGACCCUCUCAGAUGUUCUCCUUGAACUUCCUCCUCCUUCUUCCACCAGAAUAUCACCAACUCUGUCUUUUGUCUUUCAGGAGUGGACACUGAUGAACUGGACAGCAACGUGGACGACUGGGAGGAGGAGACCAUUGAGUUUUUUAUCAACGAAGAAAUCAUUCCCCUUGGAGAUCUGUAGUCCCCUACGCAGGUAACCCCUCAGCUGACCCCUCAGGUAUCCUCUCAGGACUAGUCCAGCUUCAUGAAACCAACCAUGAAAGGUCCAGAAUCACGGUUCUGUUAGGAGGCUGUGUGUAAUGUAGAGAAAUUUAUUCAGAAGACCUUCUGGUCUCUCAUUGGGUUCCUCUCUGACGUUGUGAAGACCCCAGACUCUGUACCCAGGUGCACCUGCAGAAGGACAGUCCGAGUCUGCAGAAAUCCUGAAGAUAGAUGAGUGUUCUGACUGAUUAUUGGCUGUUGAGUUUAAACAUAUACGGCUAAAACACGCCUCCUCUGUUUGAGUGACAGGACAUGAUCAGCUGUUGUCGUAAACGUUCAGACGAGCAGAACUCGGAGACGUGGCUCUGAGAAGUCAACCUGAUGAUGUUAAUAAGACAGCUGUGAUGGUCAUUCAGUGGACUGAUGACUGAUCAUGUGACCGUUACAAACCAGUAAUAUAUAGAUGGUCAUGAACUUGUGUUACGACACGUUAAAGCCGCCGUAAUGAGAAACGUGGAGUGUCUCCUCAUUCUCCUCACAAACGGAUCCAGUGGGAAUUAGCGGAUGGCGAAAAACGCACCAGUUCCAGACACGGUGGAAAUUCGGGGUCAGAGUCCUGUACUCCAGCCAACACGAACACCAUCAGCACCACACCUUAGUGGACUGUUGACUCUGUGUAGAGCGUCUUAGACGGAGGAGUCCAGAACUCGUCCAGCUCCUGAAUUCACUCUGUCAGAUCUUCAGUGGACUCUGCAGGAACGACUGUCUCACUCCUGCGUGGACGUCAUCUGUGGAUCAUUUGAGGUCAGCAGGACCUGCUGUUUAGACACUGACCUGAAUCUAACUCGUCCUCUCUCUCUCUCUCUUUCUCUCGCUCUCUUUCUUUCAGUCCAUCCGUUUUUGUGUGGAAGGAGGAGAGAAGAACUGCGUCAUUGAUCGGAGAAGGACGACGACCACGACGUGAAUCUUGAGUUUCCACAUCCUGAGCCUCAAAAUUUAACUUUAGUGACAUCAUCAGAGCGCGCCGCACUGAUCAGCCGCCACAUCGAGGGACGAGAGACUGAAGUGUUGAAUAAUUUCUCUUAGUUUCCUCUCUCCCUGGUUUGUCACCUCUCUGUUAUACUGCCUUCUUUUUCUAUCUUCCACCAUCAGAGAGUCUCUGACCUCUGACCUCUGAUUGGACCUUCUGAAUCCGGGUUGGUUUCUGGACCGGCCUCGCCAUGUUAGUGUGUCAUCAGAGGGCAGCACAGAGCGGCGUGGCGGUCUGGGUCAGAAGUGUUGUGAUCAAACAUGCGCUGAUGUGGCGCUAUAGUGGCCUCUAUCCUCCUCCUUUCAGACUCAGCUUUCACACAGGGGGGGGGCGCGCAGCGGGAGUAACUUUAAAUAAACAUUCAAAUACAAGACGACCUGUUGGUGUCCCGCUGUCUGCUUCUUUAUCACCAGGGGGCGAUGUUCUUUUAUCGUGGGAUGGUAGGGGAAGGUCACGCCUCCUUCGCCUCUGAUUGGCUGUGAAACGUCAUCAAACAGAAGAUUACAGAAUUUGUACUGCUCAGGUGUGAAACGUACGUCACUUCCUCUCUCGGCAUUUCAGUGUAUUUCAUGGCAGCGAGUCGCUACCUACCCGAUCCGUACUGCGCAAGUGCAAAUUUACUUCAACUUAAAAACUUUAUUUAAAUUACUGAUCGAUUCAGAAACAAGUUAGCGAUGUGACAGGCUAGCUAACAGGAGGCUCCAGAGCUAAAGCCGAGGCAUUCUCCAGAGCUCCUGCCCAGCACCGUGAGACCUUUUGGGACACAGAGAGCGCCGCCACCUGGUCAAAAUUAUGGUUCUUUGACUUUUCAAAGUAUCAUGGGGAGAAUUAUUUCAUUUAUAUUAUAAAUUAAAUUUAUUAACGAGAAGCCUACACAUGAUGGACAAUGAAUUUCAGCGUUUUUAUCCAGCGUUUUAAUUUCCACACUGAAAUAUUCACAUUCAUUGAAGCCUUUUAUAACUACGUUACAAUUUUACAACUAAGCUGUAGUUGGAACCUUUAAUCGUAAAACUGGGCGCCAUUCUCUUGAUUUUCCAGCGCUCUGCUUCAGUCGGGGAAAAAGAAAAUGCGUGUGGCUGGUGAUAAACUGAAGCAUACGCUCUGAUUGAAGCUGAUGAUCGUCCGGUCUACCUCCGUUUUAAGCGCCCGUUAUUCCUCCAGAGUCUCCGGUAUUUACUUUGUUUUCUUGCUUGUGUCGGCAGUCGUGGCCAAAGGAGGAUUCAGACAAUUUUCCGAACUUUCUGGUUGGUUUCUACUGUCAGAUAUUGUAGCACGCUAACUUUGUUUGGGCGCCUGAACAACACGGGGGAGCAGCGUUUGCCUCACAACCAAUCAGGUCGCGGAGGCAGAGAACGGCUUUUUUUACAGUCAGAAAGAGCGGGCCGCUUAAAAAUGUUAAAAUGUUGACGACACAGACAUAAGAGAACACAGAGAUAUCGUUAUAUUACCAAAUGUCAUCAAAAACUGAUAACUAUUUACUGAUAUUAAAAAGCUUUUUUGUAAGUACGCCACAAAAAAAGAUGCUUCUUUAACGGGUUCCUGCCUACCCCACCGUUAAGUCCUUGUUAAACCCACAGGAGUCGGAGUCUGUGGAUCUGCUGACUCAUUCCUCUCCAGGUUUUAAGAGGAGAUCUUGAACAGAUUUUAACGUCUCAAACAGUCAGGGUUCUUCGGGGUAUUUUAAACAUCAGGUCCUCCAUGAUUCUGGAUCCCUGCUCUGUCAUUAAGAAAGUCCUGUUUAGUUUUCCUGCUCGGCCGUGUGAUUCAGUGUGUCGGAGUGUUGAUGCUCAUUCUUGAGGAGGUCAGACUGUUUAUUGACUCUAUAAGCUGCAGAGAUCGUUAACCUCGUCACCCCGAGUCCAUGUGUGAUCCUGCUUUCUGCUGUAGAUGUUUACAGUGAUGUCGGACAAAGAGUCAGGCUUAUAUAUUUUACAGCCUUUUCAGAAGAUCAAAAGCCAGGACUUCUUAUAGGAGCACACACCCCUGAUUGAUUUAAAAAUGGGUCAGUGAGUCAGUUUUCUACAAACACAUCAAUCAUGAGGCGACACAGAGCUCAGGUACGGUAAAUAUAUCGGCACAAAAGUCUCUUCAAGUCUCUGUAAAGCUGUGAUCCUCCUGAAAACACAACAAAGAAUAAAGCAGAUUAAAGACCCAUCAGGUCCUUUUACUUCAAAGUCAAAGGACAUCCAGAUAAGCUCUCAUGUUUUAGUUUUCAUCCUGCUCGCCACCUUCAUGUAACAGCGAGUUUAUCAGCAGAUUAAUUUGUUAAAAAUAAAAAAAUAUUAGAAAUGAUACAGCUGUGAGUUCAACAGACCAAGUUAAACAUGUUUUUUUUACUGUUAUCUUUAUUUGUCAAUUAUUUGUAAUAAGUAAUGAACUGGAGGCUGAUAUAGAAUUAUUAUUUAUUUAUUUAUUUGAUUGGUACAAUGCACAUUAAUUGACGUGUCAGCGAAAGCAUCAAUGUAAAUAUGCCCGAGUUAGCAUAAAUGGUCAUUUUAAUCCUUUGUCCCAAGGCUAACUAAAUACAGAGUUACACAUAAACAUGGACACACACACACUCCAGCAUUCAGAACAUUUUAUUCCGGUUAAAAGCAGUGACAGUAAAGCAAAAUAAGUAAAUAAAUUCAAAUAUAUAUAUAUGAGAUAUAUAAAAGGUUUUUUUUUUUUUUAAAAAGAUGAAAACCUUCCAAAUUUCUGAAACAGAGAAGAUUUUAAUAAAUAUGAAAUAAAUAUUAAAGUGUUAGAAAAAUAACACUGCAGAGAACGACAGAGAUAGUGGACUUCUUUUUCUUCUUUAUCUUUUACUUACAAGGAGUCAGCAGCAGCUUCCUCUGACUGAGGAAUUCAGAUUUUUACACAUCCUCUAUGCAGUCAAGAAACAGACACCCCCGCCCACUAACAUCAUCUCACAAGAGGCAUGACAUUACAACAGUAUCCAAAUAGGGUACAGGUUGCAGCUGUGGUCUGUACUGGGAAGACAAAGACAGUUUAGUUCAUCAUCAGGUUCCUGCUUAUACUAUUGUCCUACUUAUUAUCAGUUCAGUGUCACUGCUGGGAAAACAACCUGUGGGUGAAAUUGUAGCGUUCAUGUAGUCGCAUGGCUUCAGCACAAAAGUAUCAGUCCCAACUCCAAGGCCGUACUUCUCCUUUUCCUUGAUCAUUAAAAAGAAACAGAUAUGACUCUGCGAGCAUUUACACCAAGUGAUUUUCAGUAAAUGAUGAUUAACAUACUUAUAUAAUGAUAAAAUACACAUGUGAUAGCAUACACAUACAAUUUAUCUUUAAUGGAUCAAACUUCUUUAUAGAAAGACCGACAAGAAAAGGAUUUCACACUCUGGAGUUAGAGCUGCAUGACGCCCAACACAAAAAAUCAACCAAUCUUGAUUUAUUUUUCUGAGGGGUCAAACUCUGCUCUCGUUUCACAUCUUUUAUUUUUCUGGGCUGAAGGCCGUCUAAAAACUCGACUUUUUUUAGUAACAGCACCAGUGUGGUCCAAACUUUCAGCCUCUGCUCAGGACUUUGAUGUGGAGGCAGCGGCGGACAGUCACCCCGUCAUUUUCCCAUCAGCUCACACAUGAUAUAAAUAGUCAUUAUAGGAGACAGCGCCUCAACCCGCACUACGACACGAGGAGAUCCAGUUUGGACUUCAGUAACAGAGAGAGUCCAGGACAGAGAUGGACAGAGAUGCAAAUCAACCCCGAGGUGAUUAUUAUCGUUCUCAAAAUAUUAUGUCUACUUCUGCUGGUGUUGGUGAAACGGGUCUUUACUGACCUAAAAUACUUACUUCCUGAGAGAUGUGAGACAAAAACAGCUUAAGAAUAAAAAAAUAAGAAAGAAAAUCAUUUACGUUUUGAAGUCAGUGUAAUUUCCUGGUCCAGACUCUGACUAUCACUAAAUAUUCCCAUUUUAUUCACACACUGCUCCAUUAACUAAAUCCGUCACGUGAUCUUUAUUCAUUUGCAUAAUUUCACAUAUUUAUGUUAU